AAGGGGAAACAAGUAAUUAAAUUUGGUAAACUUAAAGAAAAAGUUUUUAAAAUGAAAAGUAAUAAAAAACUAGAAUUAAUAUUGUUAAUUUUAUAUUGGUCAACAUUAAUUUCAAAAUCUUUUGCUCAAAAUAAAGAAGCAAUAGAUUGUACCAACGAAGAAUUAGUCACCUCGAUAUUUAACGAACCCAUAGACCUAUCUCUGCGUGGCAUAAUAAAAAUCUAUGAAAAUGUUACAAUAAAUGAAAUUAUUUCGACCACCAAUAAUGAGUUUGAACUCAAUUAUAUUGAUGCCCGUUUGGAGACUUCUUCAACAAACGAAACGAAAAAUUUAAUACUUUUUACCACCGACUAUUUCGAAAAUUAUGCCAAAGAACAAACAGCGGCCAGGAUUUCUUUAAAAAUAAAUUUAGGCUGUGGCAUGGGUAAAGAACGGGUAGUGAUUUUCUUUCAACCUUUAAAAGAGGGCAAUUAUUUCAGUCCUCUAUUUUCUCGAGAGACUUAUGAAUUGAUUAUACCCACACCCAUUUUCGCUGGUUUUGAUUUGACCGCUUUUCUAGAGAUAACAGCCAAAGAUCAUGAUUUGACACACAAUCAAAUUAUUUUUACAUCGAAUGAUUCAUCGCAAUAUCACAUUAGCGUUGGUACAAAGAAUGCUACCAGCACUGAUAAGAAGACCUAUUUUGCUAAUUUAAUGGAAAAGAUUUUAUUAGAAUUGCCGCAACCGAUAGAAUUUGAAAUUGUUGCAACGGACAUUGGAGAACCUCCAAAAAGUUCUAAAGCUUUAGUGUCAAUACGUUCCGAUCCAAGACGUAGUUUACCACCUAAACCUAAAUUCGUUCAAACUCUAUACAAAAGACUUAUAAAUAUUGAUUUCACUAUGGAACCCCUACAAAUACAACUUGCCAAUGGAACCUACUCACCCGAUGUUCAAUUUUCCCUAAAUGGAGUUAAUAUUCAAGGGUUUAAUUUACUUGAUCGUAAAAAUGGUUCAAUAGAGAUCACAUGGAACUCGAAGAAUUUAAAUAAAAGCGAUAUAAUCAAGCGCAGAACAUGGGAAUUAGUGUUAAAAGCGGAACAUACAAAUCUAGCAGAAGUGGGAAGAGCAAAUGUGUUAGUGGAAAUGGCGGAGUUGAAAUACUACUUCUAUUUCGUAAGCUCCUACUACGAAGGUAAUAUAGAUGAAAUGGGAGAAUUACAUAUAACACCUAUCAUGUUCAACCCAUACACCUACCAACCAGAUAUAGAAUUUACCCUUCAAAGCGUACACGAUUUCUUCUACUUGUCAAAACAAAACUUUAGUAUACAAUUACAAUUAAAUAAUAACUUUACUUGGCAAGCUAUUGAUGACAUCGGCUAUUUAAAAUUAAGUUUGCAGGCGUCAUGGGAAAAUUUUUCUUCCAUGACGCAUAUCGUCAUAAAAUUACCACAUAUAAAAGAUGAAAUACCACAACAGAUGUUUCAGUUUGAAAAGCCUCUGUAUGUGGGUCAACUGAAUGAAACAUAUGACUUGGAAUUGGAAACAAUUGUUUUACAAACAGAUGUCAAUAAUGGCCAAGAAAUUGAGUUCAACUUGAUUGGCAAUGACAGCCAGCAGUUUUAUAUGAUGCGAAAUGAAAAUCGUCUUGAAAUUAAAACUAUUUUUAAUCUCUUGUCUAAACAAGAAAUUAAACUUAAUAGUUCUUAUUUAUUGAUUGUGGAAGCGAAACAUAACGAUCGUAAAACCUUUGCUAGUGUGGUGAUUAAUGUGCCUCACCAUCAGGAUAAUGUAAAAAGGAAGAUUUUCUCAACUCCUUUGAUAAAGGGUAAAAUGUUGAUUGCAAAUGACAACCAAACUCUUUCUAUGGAAACUGUUUACGUAGACAAGGAGUUCGGAGAAAAUUUUAAGGAUUUAAAGUUUCGUUUGAGAGGAGAUCAUUCUUUACAUUUUGAUAUUAAGGAAAAUAUAUAUAAUAGAUCUGUGGAUAUUGUGCUCAAAACCUCCUUAUCUGCAAAUAUUUUGGAGUCCAAACAAUAUCUUAAUUUGACUUUGCAAGCCUUAUUAACAGGUUCAAAUGGAUUUAAUGAUAACUUAAUAGUUUUCAUUGAUUUACCAAUGAAAGAAUGCCACCCACCUAAUCAAACUUUGCCCGAUCCACCAAAUUUUUCUAGUAAAAAUUACGUAUUUACCGCCUACACCAAUCAAACCGGAAUUCUCGGAAUAGUAAAUGCCUAUAGUUCUGGUAGUAAUACCAGUUUCCAUUAUAUGUUGAAUGUACAAAAUGAUCUUUUGGCCCAAAGACUUUCGAUAAAUCCCUUUACGGGAGAGUUGGGCCUGUACGGCAUUAUAGAAGAGGGAAAUUAUCUGUUUAACAUAACGGCCGAAAAUACAGCAACUCAUGAAAGAGCUGUUGUUAAAGCUCUUUUAAAAGUUCAGCCCAAAGAAGAGUGCAAAUUGUUUGAGGGCGUGGCAGUAGAGAAAACAUUAAUGAUACGUCAUAUAGAUGAGGAGAAGCCCUUUCAUGGUCUCAUGGAUAUGAACUUUAAUGAGAAUUGUACAUUCCAUAUAGUGGAUAUGUGGCCGAACGAUAAGGAAUAUGUCCAUGUCAACUAUAUCUUCAAUAUGUUAGAUACCAUAGCUAUUGAUCGUGAAGAUGAGAUUUUUCAAAAUAUGUCAGAACCCCAAGUUAUGGUUAAACUUAGACUGAAAUGUGACAAAGAUGAUGAUCACGAUAAUCUUACAAUAGAUAUAUCUCAGAAUAAACCAAUCGAAAAACGUUCUACACAAAUAACAUUCAGCGAUGAUAUAGCCUAUUCCCCGGAUAUUAUGUGGCUUUAUAUAAAAAUCGGUGAUAUUAAUGAUAAUCCUCCAGAAUUUAAAUUAUCCGAGGGACCUCUCUUUUUGGGCUAUCCAUCAGGAAAUGCGGCCUUAGAUAUUUACCCUGAAUAUUUAACCAAAAUAGAAGCUUUUGAUCGAGAUUUGGGUUUUAAUGCUAAAAUUAAAUUUACUAUGAGAGAUAACGCUUAUUUUGAUAUCGAACCAGAAACGGGUAAAAUAUAUCCCAAGGGAAAAGCGCUCCAGAAAGAUGAACAGACGGAACUAAUUGUAUUGGCUACAGAUCAGUAUGGUAAAGGUUUAACUUCUGGUACUGUAGUGGUAGUAAAAGCUUUAAGUCCAGAUUUUUAUAGUUUGGUUACUUUAAAAGAUAAUUCUACCAAAACUAAGCAAGAAUUAGAACAGGGGCUGAGUCAACAAACUGGUUUUAAUAUAAAUAUUAUAAAAAUGUCAUACGUACCUGAAAUUAUCUUGCAGAAAUCGGUUGUAAAUCACUCUUUAAGCUGCAAAGCAUGGAUUUAUGGCUACCACAGGCAUCAGUUGGUGCCUUAUAAAGAUCUGCAAGAACAAAUCUUGGUCAAAAAUCCUGAGGACAAUGUAGUAAAUAUAGAAUCUUAUGAAGAGGCAGCAUUUCAUUCAACUCCACAUGACAAUUCCAAUUUGGGUUAUUUAAUUGCUACAAUUCUUCUCUCACUUAUAAGUAGUUCUUCCCUAAUCUUUAUUAUCUGGCGCUUUUAUUAUAAACCCACACUGCUUACUAAUUGCAACACAAAGACUUUAUCACCAUCACUGGCGGCCAAUGCUAAUGGGAAUGGUCAGCAACAAAUCUCUGCAGAAUGUUCACAUGAUUCUUUAAAUACUAUGGAGUGUAAUAAUCAUGACGAGAUUCGUGUCAAGUUCAGUGAUCUUGUUGAAAAUGACAUUGUUGAAGAAUCUCAAUCAAAAUGAUGAAGAUUGUGAUUGAAUGAAAGUGUAAUUAUAUCAAAAUUAAGUGUUUUUUAAUUUGGAAGAUUUUUAUUUGUAUAUUUUUUUAAUAAAAGAAGAUUU